UUCUCCUUCUCUAUAAUGAACUUCGCGCAAGAUCGUCACCUUUCGCUUCCUUUGAGACGCGCUCACACCUAGCUCGGGUUUUCUUUCUCGCAGAAUACUACUGAACGUCUUCGCGCUAAGAUCGAAUCUCUCGACUAGAUCUCGCUGCGAGAAAUAAGAGUCUCGGACUGAUUACUUCGACUCCUUUUGCCGUGGGAAAGGAGAAACCAAUAUUAUAUCGAGGAAGCAUUGGUAGAAGACAAUCGGAGAGUGCCGAUCACAAUACUCGUCAUCAUGAUUGCUGCAUUGAGCCUAUUGACAGGAGGAUCUUGGGUGACUGUCUUUCUCUCAUUCUGUCUACUAUCAUUCCUGUUGAUUCUACUGGUACAGCGAGGAAAAUUUUUGUACGCCUUGAGGAAGGUGCCCUAUCCCACAGCACUGCCUGUCAUCGGUAACGCUUAUCAGCUCAACUGUUCGCAAGAAGAUUUUUUUCAGAAAUUGGUCAAAUGGGCUCGCGAGUUUGGCGACAUUUAUUUAGUUUGGGUUGGUCUGCGGCCUUUUAUCUUCCUCUACAGAGUAGAAACGGUGCAACCCCUGCUUAGUAGCAGCGUGCACAUCGACAAGAGUCUCGAAUAUCAAUAUUUGAAGCCGUGGCUUGGUACCGGUCUGGUGACCAGCACUGGUGAAAAAUGGCAUUUUCGUAGAAAGCUACUAACGCCGACCUUUCACAGCGGUCUUCUUGAAACUUAUUUUAAGACUGCGAAAGAAGAGACGAGUGUUUUAAUUUCUUGUCUCAAAAAAGAAGCGAAUCAAUGGUUUGAUGUGGUUCCCUAUGUAAAACGCGCCGCCCUCGAUAUUAUAUGCGAAUCUGCAAUGGGUUAUAAACUUAAUGCUCAAAGGAAUUCCAAGAACGAAUAUGUCGAGGCUGUGGAUAAAAUUGCAUCUAUCGUACAGAUGCGGUUUACAAAUGUAUGGAUAUCUAAUGAUAACAUUUUCAAAUUGACUAAAGCAGGAAAAGAGCACGAUCACUCGCUUUGCAUUAUUCACAACUUUGUCGACAAGGUAAUCGCGCAGAGGAAGGCUGAAUGGAAGUUAAAACGCGACGGAAACUACAAUGAACCGACGAAUAAGAGACAGGCUCUAUUGGAUUUGCUACUUGAGAUGUCGCACAACGGAACUGUUCUUUCAGAUGAAGAUAUUCGUGAAGAAGUCAAUACUUUCAUGUACGCCGGACACGACACAAUGGCUACCAGCAUAGCCUGGACCCUUUAUGCAUUGGGGCGAAGUCCCGAAUACCAGGAAAAAAUUCUGGAAGAAUAUGACAAUAUAAUGGGGACGACGGAACUUACACUAAAUAACAUCCACAAAUUAACAUGGCUGGAAGCCUGCAUUAAGGAGCAGUGGAGAUUAUAUCCAGUAGCUCCGCUCAUAGCGAGACAGAUUUACAAACCAAUCGAUCUAAUGGGCAAUCAAAUUCCGCCAGGCUCGACGGUUCUCAUCAAUUCCUUUCUACUGCAUCGGGACGAACGUCACUUUCCUGAUCCGCAUAUUUAUCGUCCGGAGCGUUUCUUACCGAACAGUGCAAAGUUACCACCUUAUGCUUUCAUCCCUUUCAGUGCUGGGUCGCGAAAUUGCAUCGGUUGGAAAUUUGCGACAAUAGUCAUCAAAGCGGUUGUUUUAUCCGUGCUAAAAACUUUCCACGUAGAAGCCCUCGAUAAGGAGGAUCAAUUGCGCUUUAUAUCAGAAUUGGUACUCAUCAAUGCAAACGGGCUUCGUCUCAAACUAACACCACGCGAGCAAUGAACGAGAGAAAGAGAGAUAUUCUUUCCAAUUUUGAAAAUGUAUCCGAUCUCUUUCAAGUAAGAUAUAAUUGAUCAACAUAUCAAAGUCGAUUUCCUUUCAGUGGCUCUCGAAACGCAUUAGAUAUAAUAAAAGAAUUUGUUCCUUUGCGAGCACAAUUAUAUAGAAAUUAAUAAAUAGCAAUAUGAAAGAGAUGAAAUGUUAACCGAAAGUCUGCUUUUUACUUUAAAGACGUUAUUGUUAGAAAAAAAGCAAAGAAUAAAAAAAAAUAAAUCCAAGGCUUAUUAAACAAAUA